CUCUUUUAUUAAAAAUAUUUCUAACGCAAAAUUUCUUCAGAAGACUUUUAUCCUCUUUGUUUGUGGGUUUUGUUAAGGUAGGUAGGUUAAAAGAGUCUGAAAUAGCAUGCGGUCUAAAACAAGUGUCGGUCAAGGGUCUGUAGCAGGGCUCCGGUUUCAGCUUCAAGCCUCCCAAAGACACCACUAGCCACUGUUGUCAACAGUCAACAAGUAUCGUAGGAUGGUAGGAAAUAAUUAGUAAAGAACAUUAUCUUGAUCUGUCUCCAGAGGAGGCCACAUUACUUUAUCUUGAUCUGGUUACGACAGCACUAUGUACAAGAUAUUAUAUAGUAUAUGCCAAUAACUGGAACUUCUGAAAGCUGCAAGUGGUGACGCGGAAUUAAGAAGGCAUGUUAUCUAGCUGUCCGCGGAGCAGACACGUAGAGAAGGUUGACCUGUGAAGUGUGUGCGCUGGAGGUGUCUGUGUGGAGUGGGCGAGGGCUUAUAAAAGCCUAGUCGUAUGUGAUGGGAAGAUUCAGAAAAGAAAAGCAACCCGUCGGUGGCAACGAGGCGUUACACCUGGUAUCAGAGCGGCAAUGGCGGUCGAUGGAAUCACCGAUGACAUCCUCGUGGAGAUCCUCUCGCGCGUGCCCGCCAAGUCGCUCUGCCGCUUCAAGUGCGUCUCCAAGCACUGGCUGGGCCUGACCAACGACCGCAACUACCUCAAGAAGCUCCCCCAAACCCUGACCGGCUUCUUCUACAGCAGCACAACCGAGGGGCAGUUCCUGGAAUCACCUAUUGUCUUCACCAGUCUCUCAGGGAGCCACGGUUGCCCACCGAUCGACACUUCCUUCGCCUUCCUGCCAAGCCACCAGCGCCUCAAUCUGUUGGACUGCUGCAACGGCCUCCUCCUCUUCCGCUGGUAUGACGUCUACGCCAAAGACAACCAGUUCCUUGCGCAAAAGAAAAAGAACAAAAAAGAUAACCAGUUCCGUUACGUCGUGUGCAAUCUAGCCACGGAGAAAUGGACCGUGCUGCCAGACUCCGGCCAGGCGGACAAGCCGAGCACACUCAGCACAGCAUGCACGGCCCGGUUGGGCUUCGACCCGGCCGUGUCGCCGCAUUUCCAUGUGUUUGAAUUGGAGGAGGAGGAGCGGGCCCUGAGCUCAGUUUCCUCGCCGGAAUCAGCCAAGUGUCAUUCAAAGUGUACUCGCCUGAAACGGGAGUAUCAGUGUAUUCGUCCGAAACGGGAGGAUGGGUUCAUAAAGAGAAGAGGCCGAACCAAUUUGUCUUGCUCACUAGGUUUCGGUCAGCAACUGUUUUUCUUAAUGGCAAUCUGCACUUUCAUGCCUUUGACCAUAAGUUAUCCAGUUGUCUAGCUGCAGUGGACACCGAGGCGGAAACAUGGACCAACUUCGCUGUACCCGAUGGACUGCUUGACGGUUUUGUUCAGUGCUCACAGGGCCGAUUGCACUAUGCCAAUUUUCAGGGAGGCGAAAAUGGCGUUGCAUGUCGACUUGUAGUUUAUGUUCUUGAGGACUAUGACAGCAAAGAAUGGAUAUUGAAGCACAGCGUUGAAAAGUCAUACAUAUUCAAAGGGAUGUCUGUUUGCCUUGAUGACUUGGAUUGGAUUGCGAUUCAUCCACAACAUAACUUGAUCUUCUUCACUCUGGCGUCGAUUAAUUGUUCCACAUUCAUGUCCUACAAUAUGGAUAGUCAGCAACUCAAAGUGAUCUGCGAUCUUGAAGGUGGCGGCCCGCCAUAUCUACCAUAUAUGCCGUUGUACGCAGAGUUGCCAUGGGAUGCUAGCAGUAUCCCGCAUAUGUCCAGCUUGUGACGUCAUAUAAGACUGCUGGCCUUUU